GCGCCGGCGCCAUGCCCGGCCGCCCCGGCGACUACGAGGUGCUGCACGCCAUCGGCGCCGGCUCCUACGGCAGGUGCCGCAAGGUGCGCCGCAAGGCUGACGGCAAGGUGAGCCGGGGGCGGCGGGGGUGCCAGUCAGAGAAGCAAAUGCUUGUUUCGGAGGUGAACUUGCUUCGCGAGCUCAGGCAUCCCAAUAUUGUCCGGUAUUACGAUCGGAUCAUCGACAGGACCAACACAACCCUGUACAUCGUCAUGGAGUACUGUGACGGGGGUGACCUGGCCAGCUUAAUUGCGAGGUGCAUCAAAGAAAGGCAUUACUUGGAAGAAAGCUUUGUUCUUCGAGUGUUGACUCAGUUGACGUUAGCCUUGAAGGAAUGUCACAGGCGGAGUGAUGGUGGAGUUACUGUGCAUCGUGACCUAAAGCCAGCAAAUGUCUUUCUAGAUGGGAAGCAGAAUGUGAAACUUGGAGACUUUGGACUUGCUAGAAUUUUGCACCAUGACACCAGCUUUGCCAAAACAUUUGUUGGAACUCCGUAUUAUAUGUCUCCAGAGCAAGUGAACUACAUGUCAUACAAUGAAAAAUCUGACAUCUGGUCUUUAGGGUGUCUCCUGUAUGAAUUAUGUGCUCUCUCGCCUCCAUUUAGAGCUUACAACCAAAAAGAGCUGGCAGAAAAGAUAAGGGAAGGGAAGUUCCGACGAAUACCGUAUCGUUACUCGGAGCAGUUGAAUGGACUUCUCAAAGAAAUGCUGAAUGUAAAGGAUUACUGUCGACCUUCUGUUGAAGAUAUUCUGCAGCACCCCUUGAUAGCAGACUUGGUGAUUGAAGAACAAAGACAAAUUUCUGAUAAAAGAGGCUGGAGAUCAUGGGAGCCAGAAAGGCUACAGCAUUCAGAUGCUGCAGUGAAUGAAUUGAAACGGAAGGAACAACAAUUACAGGAGCGAGAACAAGCCAUAAAAGAGAGAGAGCAACGUUUGGAGCAGAGAGAACGGGAGCUCUGUGUUCGAGAGAGACUGGCAGAGGACAAACUUGCUAGAGCUGAAAAUCUGAUGAGGAACUACAAUCUCUACCAACAGCCGAAGACAUUAACUUGUGCAGAUGGUCCAGAUAACGCACUCCUGCUCCCCUUUUCUACAACCAAGAAGAAAGUACACUUUGACAGAAGUGAAGAAAAUGCUGUGCCUCCUGUUAAUUUAGAAAACUGUCCUGUUUCCAAAGGGAAACAUUCUGAUCUCAAAAAACGUCUAUAUGCUGCAAAUCUACGGGCUCAAGCACUGUCUGAACUGGAAAAAAACUACCAACUAAAGAGCAGACAAAUCUUGGGCAUGCGCUGAAACUGCAACAUAUGUUCUGUAUUUAACUUUUUGGAGUAAUUGCAUGUACAGGAGGAUAUUUGCCCCUCUCACUUUUAAGCUGGAACCUACUGAAAAUACAUUUUAACAGUUGUUACAUAAACUCUUAGUCUAUGGUAGGUAGUGCACGAUAAGAGUAUAAGAGAUUAUAUUAUGAAAACAGGUGGUUUCAAUACCAAGUCAAACAAAUGGAAUGAAGUGUAAUAUUAAAGAAAAAAUAUUUUGGUCCUCCUUCUGUUUACCAUACAUUACUCUUCUUCUGAAAAUAUAAAGAAUUAAUAUUGUAAAAUAGGGGUUUUUUUAAUCUGGUGUGAAAAACUUUUCAAGUUAAAAAUGUACAGAGGUUAAUCUGUAGCUUAAAGUGAUCCUGUAUGUUAUGUACAGUACCUGAUAAAAUAAGUAUUGAUAUUUUGUAUAUGUGAAAAAAAAUGGCUUUUUGUCUGUGCUUGUAAAUACUUUUUAACUAUCAAAAGAACCAAAAGUUUUUUAUGCUAUCUCUUCCUAGUAACUAGGUGACCUAUGAAAGCAGGCUACUUUUAGUUUAAUGUCUUGGAUUAAUGAGUGGGAUGGGUCAGUCUAGCCUAACUGAUAAGUUUAUAGUCCAUUCUGCUUCACAGCUUGUCCAGCAGCUCCUGAAAGGCCUGUUUCAGGGCAUAGCAUUUGAAAUAACACCUUCUCUAGUUUGCAUUGAGGCUGUGUUAAACUGAUCCACUGAGACUGCUGUCCUGGAUGGGACACCACCCAGGGUACUAGCUCCUGUGUUUAGGGAGGGACAAUUGUACCUGGAAUAACAAAUCCGUAUUUUCUUCAAGCUUAUGAAAUAACUCCAUUUUCCCUUUCAUAGAGUAGGAGUUGCUUGCUUAAGGUGGUGUAAUUUUAAUGAACUAACUCAGACUCAUUAGUUAAAAAAAAUAUCUUUGGAACUGUAAUGUCUGACAUAUAUGUUAUAUAGUGAUUUUCUAUUUCUGGGUGAACACUCCAUAAACCAUACAUUCUUAGAAAACAGUUAGUUUUUGUAACAUUUGUUUCCUUAUAGGGCCAUGCAUGUUAUCUAAGGAGGUAUUUAUUCGAGAUGCUUUUUACUUGAAAGAAGAUAACAUUUAAAACAUCCAUUUAAUUUGGUGUAUUUGCUGACAGACGAGUUCUUUUGUCACCAAACAAUAGUUCUGCUCUAGCAGAUUCUUAACCACCUAACAGAGCUUGUCAUAUUUGCAUGCAUAGUGGUUGCUGUAUUCACCACAGCCUUUGCUUAACAGAAUAAGAAUAUGACCACUUGGUUUGCUAGUCUGAAACUACCACUAUUCUGGUAGUCAAUACCCAGUGCUUGGUGUGGUUGGAAGUGCCUGGCAGGGAUGUACAGCCUAUGUAGCUGUGCCACACGGAUCUGUGCAGCUUUCCAGCUGCAUUUUUUCAUAUUCUUUAAGGUCCUCAUAUAUUUGGAGGGUGAAUCCUUGCUUUCUCACCAUGUUUGUAUAUUCAGAUUUUUCUGUUCUAUCCUUCAACCAGAAGAUCUGCAAUUAAGUUCUGGCCUUUUUGUGGAUCUCUAUUGUAUAGCCCAUAAAUUAGCAAAAGGUAGAAUAUGCAGUAGUGUUAGUCUAAUCUGGAAAGAUAUUUAGGAUUCAAGAAUUUUGUUGUAUGCUUUGUCAUCUGCAAAAUACAGGUGCUACUUAGUGAAAGGAGGAGAGCAAGCAACCAAGAAAAUAAAUUAGUAAUUAAUUAUUCAGGAAAGAGUGCAUUGUGAAAUUGCUGGUGUGCAAAUGCUGUGCUUUUAACAGGACUUAAAUAAGAAAAUUGACUGGGGGGUAGGGAGGGUGGUUUGUUUUUUUCCUUCUUCUUUUUAAACAUAUAGGUAGAACAAGCAAUUUCUGCAUUUAAAAGUAAAACAGAGCAAUUCCUGUCGCUUUCCUCUUUUAAUUCUCUACUGACCUCAAGAUGUCACUGUUGCCCUGCAAGUGUUGGGAAUUUCCUUUGUGCUAUCGAUAUAUUCACACAAAAUUAAA